UGGUCAGAGACUGGAAAGGAACUUCCCUGAACUCUUCUUGGACAUGGAAGGGAGCUGGAAGAGGGAGCAGGCGGGAGGCACCCUCCGCUCUGAACUCUCUGUUUGUGAGUCUCUGUAACUCAAGGGUCCGUCAUGGGCACAGCCGGCAAUGACCCACAAGUGAUGCAAUUCCCACCCAUUGACCAAAAGAGAGCGCGGAAAAACUAUGCCAAUCCCAAUGAUCUGCGCCACACCUUUGAGGCUCUGUCUAACCUCCACAAGUUGCUCCCGAAUCAUAGGAUGGAGACGCUUCACUCCUACAAGAGCGACGAGGACAGAAAGAAAUGUGAGACAGCUGACCUGUCUGGCUUGGAAAGGAUCUUAGAAAGACAUCACUUCCCACCAGAGAUUAAUUUGACCCCAAAGCCAAGCAGAAUGCUCUCAUGGAAAAGCAAAGCAGUAAACACAGCAAGCGAAUGGCAGAAGAAAUGCCCCUUGUGGAAGAGAAACUCAAAGGAGCCUCCCAUGCACACCGUAGUGGUCAGGUGGCUGAAGAAGAACCUGCACCCCACCGAGGACCUCAAGUCAGUGAUGGAUUUGCUGUCAGCGUUCGGCCCGAUCCAGUCAGUCACUGCCUGUGGACGCCAAAGUGCCAUCGUGGUGUUCAGCGACAUAAACUCUGCUUGCAAAGCUGUGAGUGCUUUUCAUAGCAAGGUCCCUGGCUCCACACUCCAGUGCUCCUGGCAACAGCGAUUCAUGGCAAAGGACGUAAGAUUUUCUAUCACCAAAAGGCUGUGCGAAUUCUUUUAG